AGAAAAAGUUUGACACCCAUAAAAAUAAAAACAAUGAAGGAAUAAAGGAAAAUUAUUGAAUUUUGCGAAAAUCUGGAGGAAAAUGUGUGCGCAGAGUGUGAAAGUUUGCCAAUAUUGCCAGCGUGAGGUGAACACCACGACCAACCGGCUGAUUCAGGAGCUCUGUGGCCACAAUAAGUGCAGGAGAUGUCUAAUUGAGGAAGCAGAUGAAUGCCGGAUUUGUCUGGAGGAGAAUGCAGAGAAAUCUUUGGAAUUGCCCAAACCAGCAGCUGUUCCUGCGCUUCCUUGCAAGUUGAAGACAGCCUGGGCUCAAAUGGUGACAGCUGCAAAGGAAUUUGACGAGUCUGGUGAACAGGAGAGUGAGAGGGGAGAUAAAUCUAUGGAUUCCGAUGCCUGGAUGAUUGACACAGAAGCUGAAGAUGACGUUGAGGAGCCUUGUGUCCAGGAAGAUCAGGAGAAACCCAAAGAAACUGAAGGAAAGACGAAGGAACACAAGCCAAAGGCAAAAUUUGUUCUUCCUGAACAUGUCCGGAAGGUGGAUGAGAAGAAAUUCGAAUGUACAAUCUGUGCCAGGCAAUUCUCGAGUCGUCAGCAGUGUGUGUACCACAGCUACUGUGAUCCAGCACUUAAGAAGCCCCACGAAUGCCCUCAUUGCUGUCAGGGAUUCGUUACACUCCAGCACUUGCAGUACCAUCUGCAAUCACACGAAGAAACAACCCUGAAGUGUUCCCUGUGCAGCAAAACCUUCAUCCGGACGCAGAGUCUGCAGAAGCACCUGAAGAUUCACAGGGCAGAGCAUGAGCAUCAGUGCACCAGGUGCGAGAGGAGCUUCCCAUUUCGCUUCCAGCUGCGACAGCACGAGCUGAAGCAUGAGAAUGCUCGUCCACAUCAGUGUGGCAUCUGCGAGAGGGCAUUUGCACUGAAGGAGAAUCUCAAGAAGCACCUGCUGGUGCACACGAAGGAGAAAAGGUUCCACUGCGACGUCUGUGGGCGAGGAUUCACGCGGAGCACGACGCUAAAGGCACAUCAGAACACCCACUCAAAGAAGCGCCUUGUGGGACCUUGUUCAACAUGCGGGAAGACCUUUGUGGAUGCCAGGAGCUUUGCACGUCAUGCCAGUAGUCACAGUACAACGCUCAGCUUUACGUGCUCCAUCUGCCGGGCACAUUUCCGCCGGAAGGACAAUCUCAGGCGGCACGUGAAGGUCAUUCAUCCGGAAGAGAAUCUCCUGGAAACACUCCGAGAGUCCCAGCGGGAAGUAGAGACUGACGCUGCGCCUCCUCCGCCAAGGACGUGCAGUGUGAUAAAAUUCACGGGAAAUGCAAAGCCCCCAAGUGCCGUGGAGGUUGUGGACACGCAGGAGGAGCCCCAGGAUGUUCCACAAGUCCGGGAAAGUCCCGCCAAAGUGCCCCAAGUGGAUGAGAGGCCGCCAAAGCCAAAGAAACCUUUCGAUCCACUUGAGAUUUAUCGCAAAAUCCUCUGUCCAAGUCGCGAUGAUGACGAUGAUGAGCCUCCGGAGCCAAAUCCCACGCCCCCAGUGCCCCCAAUUGUCCGGAAAACAUCCCAAGAGGGGAAUUUUGUGCACUGGCGCAAGCGAACAUCACUCAACUUCACCCAGAAUGCAAGGAGAAAAGAUUGAGAAAUGAGCUGUGAUUUGAAGCAGUAUGUUUCCUGCAAUCUGUGAAAGUAUCUCAGCUGCAGGAGAUUGGCAGAGUGUCCUGACCAGCGUUAGUGCAAUUCCUGAUGAGCAGCGAAGGA